CGCUGUUGAGGCAAAAGCUCGUUCAUGCUCGUGAGUUCAACAGUCACUGCGGUAAACAGGGCAGAAAAACAUUUCAUUCACAUCUUCAGAGCGGCAGAAAGAAACACGCAUUGUGAAUGAAUGGGCGCUGCCGACAAUGCAAAAGAGACCGCACGAACAAGCAACAUAAAGCUCGAAUGAAGAUCCUAGGAUGUCUUUCAAGCCUAUGUGUGAUUGUACGCCACCGAGCAUGUGCUUGUUUAUGUGCCCGACAGAAGGAGACGCCCCUUGCCAACGCUGUGUUUUGGGCAGCAAGGAAAGGAAACUUGGCCUUGCUUCAGCUGUUGUUGAAUAGUGGCCGAGUGGAUGUAGACUGCAAAGAUGGUUACGGCACCUCAGCGUUAAUGGUGGCUUCCUACAGUGGUCAUUAUGACUGUGUCCGGGAGCUCAUUAUGCAAGGUGCAGAUAUCAACCUACAGAGAGAGACAGGUUCCACUGCCCUCUUCUUUGCUUCACAGCAGGGACAUAAUGAAAUUGUCAAGCUGCUGUUUGAAUUUGGAGCAUCUACUGAGUUUCAGACAAAGGAUGGUGGCACGGCACUUUCUGCAUCCUGUCAGUAUGGUCACUCUAAAGUGGUCGACACCCUGCUGAAGAACGGAGCAAACGUCCAUGACCAGCUUAAUGAUGGUGCAACACCUUUAUUCUUGGCUUCCCAGGAGGGUCAUGUGACCGUCAUACGUCAGCUUUUGUCAUCUGGGGCUAAAGUCAAUCAACCUCGAGAGGAUGGCACGGCUCCACUCUGGAUGGCAGCCCAGAUGGGACAUUGUGAGGUGGUGAAAGUUCUGCUUCUACGAGGUGCAGACCGCGAUGCAGAUAGGAAAGAUGGCUCCACAGCGCUGUUCAAGGCUGCACAUAAAGGACAUUGUAAUGUGAUUGAGGAACUCCUCAAGUUCUCACCUUCUCUCGGUCUUCUGAAGAACGGUUCUACUGCUCUUCAUGCAGCCGUCAUGGGCGGAAAUCCAAAAACAGUUGCACUUUUGCUGAAGGCAAAUGCUGAUCCAGCUCAACCCAACAAGAAUAACGAACUGCCAGAAGAUCUUACAAAGAACGAGCGCAUCCUUAGAAUCCUGCGACUGCCCAUUCUGAAUGGAGGGAGUUGAUGACUGCUGUGUUUGGUCGUUGCUCUUUGCAAUGUUUGUUUUUAGGUCCAUGAAAAAUAAAUGCACUACAUCCUCCCAAGAGAGGUGAAUGUUACAGCUUUCCAGUCUCAUAAUAGCAGUUUUAAUGGUGCUUGCUUGCAGCUUCUGAAUUCAGAUCAACAAUACAAAUGCACUGACAGUAUUCAGCUUAUUCUGUAUCCUGGAAAUGUUACUUUUUUCUUUUUCUUUUUACUUACAAAUACAGUCUAUUGCAUCUAUGACAUUGGCAGGUGUAGGAUGCUGCUGCUUAUGUUUGGUUCAUUUGUUGUGUUUUAAACUUGAUAAUGAUACAGUGUCUUUUUCUCAUGUCAAUAUAUUUUAAUUAAACUAUCCAAAAUUAGGUCCUAAUCUCCUAGGACAAAGAAAAACAAUAUCCAACUGCAUUUAAAUCCCAAAAGUUCAAUACAUGCUGGUUACUUGUUGAGAGUUUUUAUUUAUUACAUUUUUUUUUGCCAUAUUUAUUUUCAACUGAAAUGCAGUUUAGACUUUAUAUAUAUUUGUUUUCACACCCAAACUUGAAUUGGGUGUUUCAAUACAUUUGUUUCUUAACAUUGAUUUUGUUUAUCAUUUUGUCUUUGUGUAAAGUGUGGUGAACUGUAUGUUUGUAAACAAUAAAUGUACAAAAU